AUGUCCGCCGCCAUGUUCGUUAGUGGCAGUGAAGCCAGUGAGGAGGAGGAGGAGCAGCUGCGGAGUCUCGGUCAACGGGAGUCCGGCUCAGAGUGCGUGUUGUCCGGGGAGAGUCAUGGUCCAGACGUGCUCAGCCUACGGAUGUAAGAACCGGUACCACAAAGACAAAGAUGUCUCCUUCCACAAGUUUCCUCUGGCGCGUCCAGAUGUGUGUGGGAAGUGGGUGGCAGCGAUGAGGAGGAACAACUUCAAACCGACGAAGUACAGCAACAUCUGCUCCACGCACUUCACGGAGGACUGCUUCAAGAGGGAGUGCAACAACCGGGUGUUGAAGGAGAGCGCCGUGCCGUCCCUGUUCAGCUUCAGCCUCAGCAUCAAGCCCGAGGCCCUGGAGACUCCGUUCCCCUCGGAGAUCCACUUCCCUCUCUCUCUGCCGCUGACCUCUGACCCGGUGGAGGAGGAGGCGGACCCUGAGCCUGGGAGGAGCCUGCCCGACACCAUGGUGGUGUCCUGCGACCACAACUACACGGCGGAGGACUCCGUGAGGCAGAAGAGGCGCAUCGAGCAGCUGGAGGAUCAGCUGGAGCGUCUGAGGAAGAAGCUGAAGACCACGCAGCAGAAGUGUCGGCGGCAGGAGCGACAGCUGAAGAGGCUGAAGGCCGUCUGCAAGGGGCCCCGGGCCCCAAGGGAGGCGCCCGGGGCCCUGGGCGAGGGAUACGUGAUUCUACCCAAACAAAUGUACCAGACACUCCGAGGCAUGGAGUGAUGAGGAGACCAGUUCAGAUGAAACAUGGGAUUGUGCUGCAGGUUCAGUCUCAGGACUCUGAGCAGACACAAGCUGCUGAGCAGGAGUCUGGAGGAGUCCAGGGUUUAGAACAGAGCAGGAGUCCGGAGGAGUCCAGGGUUUAGAACUGAGCAGGAGUCCAGAGGAGUCCAGGGUUUAGAACUGAGCAGGAGUCCAGAGGAGUCCAGGGUUUAGAACUGAGCAGGAGUCUGGAGGAGUCCAGGGUUUAGAACAGAGCAGGAGUCCAGAGGAGUCCAGGAUUUAGAACUGAGCAGGAGUCUGGAGGAGUCCAGGGUUUAGAACAGAGCAGGAGUCCGGAGGAGUCCAGGGUUUAGAACUGAGCAGGAGUCUGGAGGAGUCCAGGGUUUAGAGCAGAGCAGGAGUCCAGAGGAGUCCAGGGUUUAGAACAGAGCAGGAGUCCGGAGGAGUCCAGGGUUUAGAACUGAGCAGGAGUCCAGAGGAGUCCAGGGUUUAGAACAGAGCAGGAGCUUUACUCUUCACACUGGUGCAGUGACUCCAGGAAUCACAGACUGUGAAUGAAGAUCGACGACAGGACUGCUCCCAAAAGUGAAGCCAAAGCCUCUAUCACCCCCUGGUGUCUGGCUGCAGUAUAGCUCAUAAACCUCCUCCAUGUUAGCAGAUGGGACAUGAACCAAACUAAGAAAUCAAAUAGAUGUUAAAUAAAUGUUUGUAAAGAUGUUUCUGUCAUUUCAGCUCGUUCUUAUCUCUGAUGUUUGUUCAAGUUUCUGAUCAGUUCGGUUUGAAUCAGUUAUUUGAUGAUAUGAAACAGGCGGAGACAUGAUGAUUGACAGCUGAGACUGACUCCUGAUUGGUCGAGAGGAUCUUUCAACAGGAGCUUCACUCCACGACCAAUACUGCACAGUCAUCACCUCAAGAUGGCCGCGUUUGUAUCUGAGAUAUUUUGGAGAUCUUUAUUUACAGUGUUUAUUUACAUUCUGGUCUUUAUUUACAGUCUGGUCUUUAUUCACAGUGUUUAUUUACAGUCUGGUCUUUAUUCACAGUGUUUAUUUACAGUCUGGUCUUUAUUCACAGUGUCCAGUACAUUUACACAUUAGAGGCUGAACUCUGAACUAAUCCUUUAACGACGUUGGAUCUGCAGAUUGUUUUAGACGCUGCAGAAAAAUGCGUCUGUAAAACCUGCAGACUUUGCUCUGGGAACUUUCCCAUGAUCCUCAGUGAAAUGGAUCCAACAAUACAGAAUAAUAUAAACAUGAAAUACUUGAGUGACUUUUGAAGACGUUUGUGUUUUUCUGUCCAAAGUCCCAGGACAUGUUUGAUGAAAUAAACAGUUCAGGUCUCA